UUUAAUAAUGGCGUGGCAGCAGAGAGGGGCAGCUGCUCUCUGCCCAGGUCCGGGACCGGAAAACCACCUGUAAACAUCGAAGAGGAAUUUAUCAGCAUUUUUUUUUAAAGAAAUCUGUUUAGUGACUGUUAUAAUGUUACCUCACAGAGUAAAUCUCCGCUGAGAGGUCGCUCUGUAAACUGUGUGAAACUACUGGAUUGUCGCUGGAAGCGGUCGGUCAUGUCGUUACUGUGCGUCAGAGUGAAGAAAGCCAAACUCCAGGGACCACCAGAUAAGUUCAACACCUAUGUGACGCUGAAGGUGCAAAAUGUUAAAAGCACAACUAUCACUGUGCGUGGGGACCAGCCCUGCUGGGAGCAAGAUUUCAUGUUUGAGAUCAACCGGCUGGACCUCGGCCUCAUUGUUGAGGUGUGGAACAAAGGUCUCAUCUGGGACACCAUGGUGGGAACUGCAUGGAUUCCAUUAAAAAGUAUCCGACAAUCAGAGCAGGAGGGCUCAGGUGAGUGGCUUUUCCUGGAUGCAGAGGUCCUGAUGAAAGCUGAUGAGAUAUAUGGCACGAAGAACCCAACGCCUCAUCGAGUCCUGCUGGAUACUCGUUUCGAACUGCCUUUUGAUAUCCCGGAUGAUGAGGCACAGUAUUGGACUGGCAAACUGGAGCGCAUCAACAGAAUGGGAAUCCAUGAUGAGUACUCUCUUCAGGAAGAUGUUCAGAGUCACCCAUUGCCAUUUGCAGCUUCCCAGUGCUGCAACUAUUUCGGAUGGGCUGAUUCACAGACCUUGGAUGACCAGGACAGUGCUGUAGAUGACCGGGAUAGCGAUUACCGCAGUGAGACCAGUAACAGUUUGCCUCCACGUUACCACACAACUGCUCAGCCCAACUCAUCUAUGCACCAGUACCCGAUGGGGCCUCGGCCACAGCAUCGCCCGGAUGGCUGCACAGACUCUGUCCACAGUUUCGACCUGGACUACAGGGACCCAAGAGGAAGCAGAAGCUCUUUAAACCAGAAAGGAAGAGUCAGAAUUAUACCUGUAGAUUCUGGCAUGGGGGUUGAAGAUUGGGAAAACAAAUACAAGGGGCAAAGCAAGCCACAGCUAAGUGACUUUAUAGAUGAUGAAGACAGCGUUAUCUUUCGCAUGGGAAGACCCUACUCUGAGUUAUCACAUUCACCUAUCCAUCAGAAUACAAAGCAUAGUGGUGGUCUGCCUGCCACCUAUCCUGAGGGUUAUGAUACUAUUGAUCGUCGGCGAAAGAAAAAGAUUACAGACCCAGGAGGGUUUCUCAGUCCAGAAGCAGACAAAAUGAGAGAAGAGACCUUUCCCGCUGACCUUGCACUCCUCCGUGAGAAAAGAGGGGAGCUUUUCAUGCGACAGGUAGCAGAGAUGCAGGAAGAGGAGGAGCGUAUGACAUCAGAUCUGAGACCAUAUCAGAAUGGGCUUCUCUACAAAACAAGGAUGUGGGCUAAAAAUGAGCUGGACAGCACUUUGGAGAAUUAUGUGGCAUACAAAAAAGGGCAAGAUGCUAGAAGGAAGGCACAGUUUGAUUUUGAAAUGGAGAGCCCUCUGCACCACCCUAUAGGAGCAGAGGAUAGUGUUAAUGACAUUGCCUUUAUGGCUGAUGAGUGUCGCUCAGAGACCAAAAGACAUUAUAAAGAUAGGCAUUCUUUCUCCUAUGAGGACCACAUAGAACAUUCACAGAGCCUUUGGGAGAAGAAGUAUGGGAAACCUAAAUCAGGAGGAUGGGUUUCAGAGGCAAUGCUCUCUCCUGUAGAAGAGCCAAGUGAUGAAUAUGUUGAUCCUAUGGAUGAGCUUCAAUGUCUUGUUGAAACAGUGUCUGAAUACCUGGCUGAAAAAGAAGAGGAAAUUAGCAAAUAUGGAUCCCUGCCUAAAUCAAGCAAGUCUAGGCUAUCCUCCUAUGGUAGCAAUAGAACUGAUUCAUUUGGGGAGGAGCAAAGUAAUUCAAAGGAUUUAAGAGAAGAAUCCCAAUCACAUGCUGCUUCUGAUCAGGGCAUUUCAGGCGUAAAAAAUGCCAUGAGCUCAUUGUUUACUUCUCUCACUGACAAAGUUGGUGGAGGCCCUAAACAGCCUGCCCUAUCUCCACAAGUAUCAUCUGCACAAUCCUCACAAUCUGGACUAACAAAAUUGUUGUCCUUCAUUCCUAAGUCAAAUAACACAGCUCCCGUAGCUAUUGUCUCUCCAGUAGAAAGUUCUCCUGAAAAAUCAUUCAAUUCUUUGCCUUCUCACCCACCACAUGAUGCCAAAAUACACAGUCAUCAUCAAGAAACACAAACUCCCAGCAGGUGUCAGACUCAAACAAGUGCAAAAGACCAUGUACCCAAGCUUGUAACCAAACCUCAAAGUGCUCCAGAAAACUCAGUCUUGGGUAGAUUAAAUCCUUUGAAGCUUUUUUCAGCUGAUAAUGUGAAUUUGGGUGAAUGCAAACAGGCACUGGAAUCCACAUGUUCUCAGAGUCAUACACAAUUGGAAGAGAGAUGGCUUGAUAACAGAGGUAGUGAAUCAGAAAAAUUAAGAAGACUUUCACAUGAAAAAUAUUCAGGACAAAAUUAUGAUAGAAACUUAUAUGAGACACAAAUUCAGUCAAUUUUGAAUAAAGGGAGUAUUCCUGUUCCAGAGCCAGAAAGGUCAACUGGGCCAACAUAUUCUGCAAACACCAGUUUCUUUAGCCCUUUUAAGAAGUCAUUAAGUUCACUGAUCACACCUGCUGCCCCUGUUCCACCCCAGGGAGCUCCACCUGUGGUAAUUUAUCCAGUGUUUAGAACCACAGAGAACCCCCAACUAGAAGAACCAGUUGAAGACCCGGCAUUGACUAGUAAGCCUAAAGUACCUUUCCCUUCAUCUGAAAACGUUUCCACUCAGCAACGUCCCAAAGCAGAAGGUGGUGUGCUUUCUGGUUUUUUAAAGUUUGCAUCCAGUGAAGACAUCAGUGCCUCCAUAAAAACACAGAAUCCUCAGCAUGAUCUGACUUCAACAACUUCGACCACCUUGACCAAGAAUUCUCCUGUGCACCAGGAAAAUAGUGAGAAAGGGUGGUUUUCCAGCAUAUUCAACCCUACCCCAGCACCCUCUGGUCUAGACCAGAAUGUAAUCGGUAAUCAGCAAUCUCAGAACAGUAAACUGUCAUCUGUCUCACAAGCCCAACAUACAUCAAAUCAGAAAUCUGGAUUGCAGCAGCAGACUGUCAAUCAACCAAAACAAGGUGGACUGCUAUCUGGAAUUCUUACAUUUGGCUCUAGUAGUGACUUAUCUGGCCAUUUAUCACAGCAUGCUAACAAUCAGCCAUUCAACAGAAAUAAUCCCACACAAUUUUCCCAACACACGGCCCCAGAACAAACCUCUUCAACUCCACAGAUGGGGGGCCUUCUCUCAGGUUUAUUGAACAUUUCAUCGACAAAAAACCUGCAACAAAAGGGACAAUCUCGUGAUAGUGAAGCACAAAGGAACAUUCCCGGCAAUUACUUUGGUCAGCAGACUUCACACAGAACUCAGCAAACACACACUCCAGAAAAGGGGCUGCUAUCUGGCUUGCUCAAAUUUGAAUCCUCUGAGAAUAUUUCAAGGAGUCAAACAGUUCACCACCAAAGCAGUCAACAAGGUCUAAGCCAACUGAGUACUCAAGGUCCAAGCCAAGGUCAUCCUAUUAAAAACAUUCCUCAGAAUCACCAAGGUGUCCGAUACGAGACAAAUAAACCAGGAUUUGCUCGACAGCAAACUGUUCCACUUCAGCAAGCACCAUCCCAACAAGGUGGUUUUCUAUCUGGACUUUUCAAAUUUGCUUCAGCAGACAACAUAAACACACAAAGUCAACCAUCAGCUCAUCAGCAUGGAAUGACACUAAGCAAAUCCAAUAAUGAGCAAAUAAAGACAACGAAUAUCCAAGUUUCUAGUCAAGAUCAGCCAAAAAAUAGCACAACGCAAAAAACAACACAUGCAAGUAGUCUGUUUUCUGGACUUUUUAAAUCCCCUUCAGAAAACACAGCUCAACAGUUGCAGCCCAAAAACACCUAUGAAACACAACAGCAAAACAAAAUACCACAUAACCAGACUGAUCCAACACAGAUAGAGACAGCGGGUCAAUCGGGAGUGCUCUCAGGGUUUUUAAACAAGUUUACAAAAUCAAAUGAAAGUAUUCACACAACCUGUCAAACAUCAACAGAACAACCACCUCAAGAAAGGGCCAAUAAUUAUACAGUUACAAUGAAAAGCCCACUGCAAAAGCAGCCACACAAUAAUAUGACACAACAACAAUCAAAAGAAAAGGCAGAAAUAGAGAAAAGAACAAGUCAGAUAAGUGGACAACAGACUACUUCAGCCAAGUUCAUAGAGUCUUAUUCUGACAUAUUAACAAAUGCUAACGUAAACCUUGGAAGGGAUGGUUUACAAAAAGACAAUCCAGAUUCUCUCAAUCCAGGAAAGAGUAGACAUGCUUUAAUCAGUGCACCUGUGUCAGUCGAUACUGAGAGUUUGGAUUUGCGUACAUCAGCUACUUUUGCAAGAUCUCUUCAGAGCUGCACGACAUACUCCUCAGUGAGCACUGGUAAUUUGCCUCAGUUAUAUAAUUCUGGUUCAUUUAGGUCAACUAACCCAAUGGCCUAUAGUACAGGAAAUAUCCAUUCCCUUUUACAAAGUCGUGCAACUUCACCAGUCAUGACCAUGCAUCCAUAUAUUGGUGGAAGCUCUCCAUCUUUAUACAGUGCUACAAGUCAAAACCUUUAUCAGUUAUCUGCAUAUGCAGUAAGUCCCUCUUAUGAUGAAAACCAGUGGAUCCGUGAAAGUGCUCUGUGGCAGCAGUUUCAGGAUGAGUCACUAGGUUAUCAUUUCCCGGUAGAGAAUCAAGGAUAUAGGCUGAGUUCUGAAAGUACACCAUUACCAGUACCUGAGAAUCAGAACACUGUGCAAUGGCAAGGUGUUGUUUAUCACCAAGAACAAUAUAAACCACAUCAGUGUGAAGGAUAUAGAAAUGAUGAUCUAUAUCCAAAGAGAAAAUUAUGGAAUAGUUAUGAAGACUUGGGAAAUAUAGAACAUUUACCCAAUGAGGAAGGUGUUUUGAACUUAACUACUAAACAGAGUAAUGCCAAGUUUGGGAAAUGGCAUUCAUUUAAUGAUGGUAGCACUUAUAGCUUGAAUGGUGUUUCAUAUCAUGAAGGGUAUUAUGAAGAAACUGCUCCAAGCUUAUCUUAUUCAGCUAACUGGCAAUAUGGAAUGGAUAAUCCAGACUCACAGCAUGUCCACACCAAUGGCAUGAUCCAUCACAGUCAGCUUAAUUUGAAUAGACCAGUACAUCCUCCAAGUGCAAAUAUAGACCUUGAAGACUCCCUGUACCUUGAAGACACUGAAUGGUAUCAGCAGUGGCUGGCUCUUUUGGAGCAAGGAAUGUGGUGGCCAGCAGAAGACGGUGACUGUGGCUACUUUGUUUACACAGAUCAUGAGUAUAUUUAUGCUUUACUUACAGAUGCAGUGGGAGAAUAUGUGUAUGCAUGUGCCCCUGAAGGUGAAUCUUGGGGAAAUGCACAGCAAUUAGAAAGUUUUCCAAGUGCUUGGCUGAAGAAUGAGAUGGUUUUAGUCUGUGGCUUUAAAAUUCCACUUUACAAUGAAGAUGAGCUUCUUUGGCUUCCAGGUCAAGAUCACAGGGAUUCUCAACUUCUAAAUGCCCCCCUAGAUUUGUCUGCUGCCUACAGAAAAGGAAAUGAGAUUAUGAAUUUAAAUCUUGAACAAUUCUCUCAAAUGUUUGAAAAUUCAUUUCUGUCUCAAGGGCAGCCUGGUGUGGAUUUCUCAUCCUAUACAUUAAACAAAGUUAAGAUGGAUCCAGGACAGCCUAGUUAUGUAUAUCAAGAUUAUUGUAAUGACAUCAUUGACCUUUCAUGUCAUAAUAGAGAUCAUAUUGGCCCAUAUUGGAAUAACCAGGAAGUAAAGACAUUUCUUGCUCAAAAAGUUUCUGUCUCCCUGAAUUCUACUCCUACAGCAAAUUCUAAUCAACACUUACUUUACAACUGUUACCAACCUAGCCAACGGCGGCGUUCAUCGACUGCUGUUACAAUAAAACAUGUGGAUGAUGUAUCAGAGGAAGAAUGGAGGAAAAGAGUGUCUCCAGGAGAACAGCAACCUAAUCGUCAGGUUAAGAAGAUUUCUUCCCUAAUAACCUCUUUUGUCAGCAAAACAUCACAGGUUGAAUUGAACAGUUCUAAUAAGUCCACAUGUGAGCAAGCCACUGACAAACAAUCUAAAAGCAUCCUUUCAUCAGGAUUUCAGAGUCUGAAGUCUAAGAUCAUCAGAGAAGAAUCUACUGCCAUUGUAACUCAGACAGAAAGCUUUAAACAACAAAUUGAAACGCCAGUUACCAAACAGGGUAGAAUUUUGCCCACAGUACCAACAGCACCUCAAGUGACUCACCCUGCAACACACUCAACAAAUUCACAUGCAACUCAGAAACCUAAACUUUCGCGGCAGACUACCAUGGUACAACAAGUGACUCCACCAACAAACCUCAAUGUGACAGUGCCUUUAGGAUCAAAAGAAUAUCUUAGUAAACCUGCACCAACUGGACAACCUACAUCUGAUAAACCGAUGGACAUACCAGUGGAAAAACCAUCUGAACAGCCACAGGCAGGGUUCAUGAACUUCCUAAAAUCUGCAGUAGGAAUGGAGGAAACCAAACCAGUUCUCAAUAAAUUUACUGACACAUCUUCAAAUCAACAGAGCAAAACUGGCAGCACAAGCUCCUUACCAGGAAGUGCCACUACAAAUAAAGAGGCUACAGGAGUUUCAAAUCUUUUUGGGUCAAUCAGUAAUCUGUUUAGCACUGAGCCCUCUCAACCACAAAAACAGCAAAUCAAGCCUAGUAUUACAGAGGAUUCACUAACAUCAGCAUCUCGAUCUAAAGGUAUUCAGAGACAGCAAACGUUAGACCAAAGUGGCUCAUCUAGGCCCAUGCAGAGCCUAAUCCCAGAUAAAAAUAUAUUGGAAGUGUCUACUCCGAGUAUCCCCACAGGCUCUGCAGCAAGCCAGUCACAAUCUGUGCCGCCUGCUGCACAAACAAAGCAGGAAGCUGAAAGUAAACCAUCUGGUGGACUGUUUGGAUUUUCAGUUGGAGAAAUAUUCGGGGGAUCAGCAGCAGCUAACCAGUCUGGUCCUACUGGUCAACAGGAAGAAUCACUUGGUAAAACUAUAUUUUCAAUGUUUACAGGGCCAAAUACUCAGCAGACUACAGAUAAAUCUGGGACAUUGUCUCAAACACACCCAUCAAGCACACCUUCACAGCCUUCUCAACAGGAAACACUUGGUAAAAGUUUAUUAUCAAAGUUGUCAGCAUCAACUCCUCAUGCACCUCCUAACGAAACCAGGCCCAACACUGAGGCGCCACAGGGGGGAACUAUCCCUCCAAAGGAUCCUCCAUCUACAGGGUUCCUUUCAAUGUUCGGCAGUCACAGCACCCAACAAUCUCAAAAUCAAACUGGAUCUUUUCUAGGGGGAAUUCUUCCUGGGUCAUCAAGUUCAGCUGAAAGCCCAAUGAAGGGGCUGUUGUCAAUGUUUAGUGAUCCCAACCCGCCACAAACACAGUCAUCAACAAGACCAUUUCAAGAACGAGUAGUCCAGUCACAAACUCAACAACAAGGGGGACCACAGGCACAAUCUAAACCACAAGAACAGCCUCUACCACAAGGACAAACAGCUACCUCUGUUCUUGGGGGUAUAUUCGGUGGAUUGUCUGCCUCUACUGAAAAUCCAAGAAAAACAUUGUUUUCCGUGUUUAGUGGUCCUAGUUCCCCUCAACCACCAAGAACUGGAGGAGAUACAAACAUGCCCACACCAGGGACUGCAGUCCCAAAAGAACCAACCAAGAGUAUGCGUUCUGUUUUUAACGAUGUUUUGCCAACACCACAACAGACUCCCAGUUCAUCUGCUGCCACCUCUGCCAAAGAGCCACCAGCUAUUCAUUCACAACAAAGUUCUUCCCAGAUGGCAUCUAUUUCAAGUGACCAUGUCCUCAAAGAUACCCCUUCUAGUGAAUUCUCAGGGAACAAAUCUGAUAGUAACUCCUGUCAAGUGCAUGCCACCCCAUCUAGUGAUAUUACUGUAGUUACCACAAAUACUUGUGGUGACUCAAUUGAAGCCAGUGAUGUUAUGUCUAAGCACUCAAAUUUAGAAUGUGUUGGUGUACAUAAGGAAAUGAGCACAGAGAGUGCACCCCAGGAUCCUUCUUUUUCUAAAGAACCUUCAGCCUCUGUGAUUAGUGGAUCAGACCCACAUCCUCCAUCUUCAACUGGAUCUAUCUCAGAUGAGCCAGGAAAAGGUUUUCUUUCUUUAUUUUCUGCACCCAGCACUGAGCCAAGUUCUACCAAAACAGGUCUGUCAACUACAGGGUCUACACCUGGAUCAUCGGGCCUGAAAGACCAACCAGCCAAGGGGUUAUUUUCAGUGUUUGCAAGUUCUACCCCUCAGCCCUCUUCACAGACUGGAAGUUCUCUGUUAGGGGCAAUGUUUGGAGGUUCUUCACCUCAAACACCAUCAUCUCAAGUAGGAGGAUCAUUGCUAGGUGGGUUAUUUGGAGGGUCUGUACCGCAGACUGCUCCACAAGCUAGUCUCAACAAGACUGGUGGUUCUGUUCCCCAAACUACAGGAUCACAGCCAGGGUCAUCAUUACUUGGAGGCUUAUUUGGAGGAUCUGCUCCCCAGGCUGCUGGAUCCCAGUCUGCUGGGUCUAUUUUGGGUGGUAUAUUCGGUGGUUCAACAGUUUCAUCUCUUGUGCAGACUAGUGGGUCCACAGGUGGAAGUUUUGGUGGGGCUGAUCAGACUUCCACAACUCAAAAUAAAAACUCUAUAUUCGGAGGGAUUUUGGGCAGUUCACCAUCUCCACCAGCUGGUGUACAGACAGGUACAUCUCUUCUAGGUAGUAUUUUAACUGGCGCUUCUGGUCCAAAUGACACAAGUUUGCUUUCAGUGUUUGGAGGAUCUGCUUCAGAUGCAACAACUACUCCAACAUCUAAUAAUGACAAAAUAUCAACUACCACUCUUAACAGUACUACAUCAACUGUAACUGAUCAACAAAAAGCCAUUGACACUAAAACUGUUUCAACUGGUGGUGAUACAGGUGAAAUUAAUACUUUGAUCAAAAGCAACGAUCAAGUGGAAAUCCCAAAUACACUUGAGAAUAAAGUUCAGCCUCUUGCUGCAAGCUUGUCUAAAGGUGAGGAUAGUCUCAUAGAAGAAGUAAGUUGCCAAGAUACUGAUAAGCAAACUGCUUUAUCUGAAAAAAAUCAGUCUAAAGAGUUUGAAAUGUGUGCAUCAACAGAACAAAUUGUAAAUUCAGAGAUUGCAAGUAGUAGUCAGUUGAGUCAAGAUACAAAAACAUCUAAUGCAGAAGAGGAAACGUCAUUCCCUCAGUCAGUAAGUUCUUUGGUCCAAGAACAACAGAAACCUCCAGUGCCAGACAAGUCAGAUACAGUUACUGGCUUCAUGUCCACCCUUUUCAAACCAACACCUACUCCCACUGAAGGUCAGCAACAGCAAAAGCCUUUUGGAUUGGGAGGAACAGCACCCCAACCUUCCUCCAGUCAGACUGGUGCGUCAAUACUAGGGGGUAUUUUUGGAGGGCCCAGUGCCCAGACAGCGUCUCCCCAGACAGGUGCAUCAUUACUUGGAGGCUUAUUUAAAGGGUCCGCUCCUCAGUCUGCUACUCAAGCCACUGCCCCCACCACCGGAGGUUCAAUAUUAGGUGGGAUGUUUGGGGGAGGAUCCAGUGCCAAAUCUGCAGUUCCCCAGAGUGGUGGCUCAUUACUGGGUGGAAUGUUUGGAGCUUCUGGAGUUACACCUCAGGCUGGUGGUUCUUUGUUUGGAGGAAUGUUUGGAGGAGCUACUGGUCAGACUGCAGGAUCACAAACUGGAGCAUCAACUUUACUUGGUGGCAUAGGAGGAUCUUUGUUUGGGGCUAUGGGACAACCACCUAAGCCAUCUGAAUCUGUGCCAGCUGUACCAAAACCAACAGCCAGUGCAAUGGGACAACCACCUAAGCCAUCUGAAUCUGUGCCAGCGGUACCCAAACCAAUCACCAGUGCAAAUAUAAUGAUGGGCUCAACAUUGCAAGAUAAAGAUCAAGUGAAGCCUGGCAGCUUAAUAAAUGACAGUGCUGGGGAAACUGAAACAGCUUGUUUAAAAACUUCUACUGUUUCAAGUGCAGCAAAAGACAGUUCUGUCAUUCAUCAGGUAGUUAACAAUGAAAAAGAAAAGCCAGAAGGUGAGGGAGAAGUGAUACAUGAGAAGCCCAUGGUUAUUAAAGAGGACCCUGAGAGUAAAGAAAGUGACAAGUCAGUCCCACCUGAUGUCACAGAGGCAGAUGUUAAUGUUACUUCACCUCCUAAUCAGUUGCCCAACAAUGCAGAGCCUUCUCAAGCUAAGUCUUUGUUUGGGUUUAUAUCAGCACAGAGCAAUGCAGUAAAAUCUCUUGGAUCCCUGAUGUCAUCAGCACCAUCACUUGCUUCAUCAUUGUCUCAGACAGAAGGAGGUAGUAGCCUAAUUUCAGGGCUGAAAAACCUUUCUGGAGGCGUAUUUCAAGAGGAAAAAUCUAAUACUGAAAAACAAGAGCCAUCCACCAUUUCAUUACUGGGGGAAAAUGCAGGUUUUCCUCAGCAGACACAGCCAUCCAAAUCACAAGCUGUCCCAGUUAUAACUUCUCAACCCCAAACUAACAACAGUUCAGCAAGCAAUGAGACUGUACAAAAGGUCGAAACAACUGAAGCCCAAAAAACUGAACCGGUAGGUUCCACAGAUGAUAUAGCAACUCCCCAGAUUUGCAUCUCCACUCCUGAUGUAGAUCCUUCAGCAUCCCUGACCCCAAAGGAGAAGGAAAGGCUUGUAGAAAUUCACCCCUCUGCAGGUCCUAACUCUGGAGUGCAGCUGGACAACCAGUCCAAUCUUCUGUUGAAUACAAAAAGUCCAGUGGAAAGUAGUCGCUUUGGGUCAUCAGGAAAUCUUAGCCAGACCAGCUCCCAGCUUAGUGAGACUGGCCACGAGAGCACUGGAGGGUCAGAACUGGAGGAGUCCUUCCACUCCUAUCAUAGUACUGGUUUUCACCCUUCUACCAAUGGGCAGCUACGCACAAAUGGCACAAAUCUCUCCAUCAAUGGACACUCUGUGGUCAGUGAGCGGGAGAUGGAUAGGCUGUCCCCUGACAAAAAACAGGACUUGAAAAGUGAUACUACAGCAGAGACAGGAUCCCCCAAACUCCACAGACCUAGUUUCCAUGAUGAUGAUGGACCACCAUUACCCUUUUCCCAAUCCAGACUUCAUUGGAUGAAGGCCAUCACUAAAGUCAGAGUUCAACUGCGGGAGGUCAGAGAUGUUGAACCCAGUACUCGACAGGCAUGGGUCAAAACAGGUGGAGGCUCUGGUCUGUAUGGAAUUGACAGUAUGCCGGACCUACGUAAAAAGAAGCCUAUCCCAUUGGUCAGCGAUGUGUCCCUUGUCCAAGCCAGGAAGGCAGGGAUCGCAUCUGCAAUGGCUGCUCGAUCAUCAAUUAAGGAUGAGGAGCUGAAAAAUCACGUCUACAAGAAGACCCUGCAGGCUCUUAUCUACCCCAUAUCUUGCACCACACCACAUAACUUCGAGGUGUGGACAGCGACUACACCUACAUACUGCUAUGAGUGUGAGGGGCUCCUGUGGGGAAUCGCCCGGCAAGGCAUGCGUUGUUCUGAGUGUGGUGUCAAGUGCCAUGAAAAGUGCCAAGAAUUACUGAAUGCUGACUGUCUGCAGCGUGCGGCAGAGAAGAGCUCUAAGCAUGGAGCUGAAGACCGCACUCAAAAUAUCAUCAUGGCCAUGAAGGACAGGAUGAAGAUCAGGGAAAGGAACAAACCAGAAAUCUUUGAGCUGAUCAGGGAAGUGUUUGUCAUCAGCAAAGCCAUCCAUGCACAGCAGAUGAAAACCAUCAAACAAAGCGUAUUGGACGGGACGUCAAAGUGGUCAGCCAAGAUCACAAUCACAGUUGUUUGUGCACAAGGACUUCAGGCAAAAGACAAGACAGGAUCCAGUGAUCCGUAUGUCACUGUUCAGGUGGGCAAGACCAAGAAGAGAACAAAGACCAUCUAUGGCAACCUCAAUCCAGUCUGGGAGGAAAAGUUCCAUUUUGAGUGCCACAAUUCCUCAGACCGAAUCAAAGUGCGAGUGUGGGAUGAAGAUGAUGACAUUAAGUCCAGAGUGAAGCAGCGUCUGAAGAGGGAAUCUGACGAUUUCCUGGGACAGAGCAUCAUUGAAGUCCGAACGCUGAGCGGAGAAAUGGAUGUCUGGUAUAACCUGGAGAAGAGGACAGACAAAUCAGCUGUGUCUGGUGCCAUUCGCCUUCAAAUCAACGUGGAGAUCAAAGGAGAGGAGAAAGUGGCUCCAUAUCACGUGCAGUACACUUGUUUGCAUGAGAACUUGUUCCAUCAUUCAACCGAUGUACUUGGUCAAGGUGUGGUAAAAAUUCCAGAGGCUCGUGGAGACGAUUCUUGGAAAGUCUACUUUGAUGAUGUGGGACAGGAAGUAGUGGAUGAGUUUGCCAUGCGCUAUGGGAUUGAGUCCAUCUACCAGGCCAUGACGCACUUUGCCUGUCUGUCUUCUAAGUACAUGUGUCCUGGAGUCCCUGCAGUGAUGAGCACCCUGCUGGCCAAUAUCAAUGCCUUCUACGCCCACACAACAGCCUCCACCAAUGUUUCUGCCUCCGACCGCUUUGCUGCUUCUAAUUUUGGGAAAGAACGCUUUGUCAAGCUCUUAGACCAGCUGCACAACUCCUUACGCAUUGACCUUUCUAGUUAUAGGAAUCACUUCCCUGCCAGCAGCAAGGAUCGCCUGCAAGAUCUGAAAUCCACUGUGGACCUUCUAACCAGCAUUACCUUUUUCAGGAUGAAGGUCCAGGAGUUACAGUCUCCGCCCAGAGCCAGUCAAGUUGUGAGGGAUUGUGUCAAAGCUUGCCUCAACUCUACAUACGACUACAUUUUCAAUAACUGCCACGAGCUGUACAGCAGACAGUACCAGCCUGUGGACACGAACAAGGAGGAGCUUCCUCUGGAGGAGCAGGGUCCAAGCAUUAAGAAUCUGGACUUCUGGCCCAAACUCAUCAUGCUCAUUGUUUCCAUCAUUGAAGAAGACAGAAACUCCUACACACCUGUACUGAACCAGUUCCCUCAAGAACUUAAUGUAGGAAAGGUGUCAGCAGAGGUCAUGUGGACAUUGUUUGCACAGGACAUGAAGUAUGCUAUGGAAGAGCAUGAGAAGCACAGGCUGUGUAAGAGCACAGACUACAUGAACCUGCACUUCAAGGUCAAGUGGCUCUACAAUGAAUAUGUCAAGGAACUGCCAGUCUUUAAGGGUGUUGUACCCGACUACCCAUCAUGGUUUGUGCAGUUUGUGCUACAGUGGUUGGACGAAAAUGAGGAAGUAUCUAUGGAAUUUAUGCAUGGAGCUCUGGAAAGAGACAAAAAAGAUGGAUUCCAACAGACAUCUGAGCAUGCUCUGUUCUCCUGCUCUGUGGUGGACAUCUUCACCCAGCUCAACCAGAGCUUUGAGAUUAUCAAGAAACUGGAAUGUCCUGAUCCUAGGGUCAUGGCUCAGUAUAGUCGCCGCUUUUCCAAGACAAUUGCCAAAGUUCUUCUGCAGUACAGUGCCAUGCUGACCAAGAAUUUUCCAUCUUAUAUUGACAAAGAAAAGAUUCCCUGUGUAUUAAUGAAUAAUGUUCAGCAGUUAAGAAUCCAGCUGGAAAAGAUGUUUGAGUCAAUGGGUGCCAAACAGAUUGCAAUACAAGAAGCAUUGCAAAAUGAAAUCAUAGAAGAGGAAGAAGAAGAAGAAGAGCAGGUUGCAAUUGAGGAUGAAGCAAAGGCUGUGCUCAACUCUACAUUAGAAUGGGAGUUUGAGGAGAGUGAGGAAGAGGAAGAGGAAGUAAGGGAGAAAAUAGAGGCUGAGUCUGACAUGGAGAAGAUGGAUGCACCAGUAGAAAAGACUGAAAAUGCAUUUGAAGACAAAAAGAUGGACACAGAGGCUUGUGACUUGCUGAAUGACCUGCAGGUGAGGCUGAACAAUGUGCUGGAUGAUCUAAGUAGAACCUUUGGGAACAGUUUCCAGACUCGCAUCAACGAGUGUAUGCGACAAAUGGCAUCUUUGCUGUACCAGAUCAAAGGACCGGUCAAUGCCAACAACAAAAACCAGGUGGAGGCUGACUCUGACAACAUGCUACGGCCACUCAUGGACUUCCUGGAUGGAAAACUGACACUGUUUGCUACUGUGUGUGAGAAGACUGUAUUGAAGCGUGUGCUCAAGGAGCUAUGGAGGAUUGUAAUGACCAGCCUGGAGAAGACUAUUGUCCUGCCACAGGGCAAUGAUACCUUUGGAGCACAGAUUCUCUCAGCUGCAAAAGAACUGGGUCAGCUCUCCAAACUCAAGGAUCACAUGGCAGGGGAGGCUAAAAGCCUGUCUCCCAGGCAGUGUGCUGUCAUGGAUGUGGCACUGGACACAAUUAAGCAAUAUUUCCAUGCAGGAGGGAAUGGGCUGAAGAAGGCCUUCCUAGAGAAGAGUCCUGAGCUGUCCUCACUCCGCCACGCUCUGUCCCUCUAUACUCAGACAACAGACACACUCAUCAAGACGUUUGUGACCACACAACAAGCACAAGUGCACAAUGGAAAGGGUAUUAGGUUAACUCCCAAUGAAAAAAUACAACCCAGCAGGGGAUCAGGUGUGGACAAACCAAUUGGAGAGGUGUGUAUCCACAUUGAGCUUUACACUCAUCCAAAGAGUGGAGAGAGGAAAGUUACUGUUAAAGUUGUGGGGGCCAGUGACUUAAAAUGGCAGACGUCUGGCAUGUUCAGACCCUUUGUGGAGAUCACCAUGAUCGGUCCUCACCUCAGCGACAAGAAACGGAAGUUCCAGACCAAGUCCAAGAACAACAGCUGGUCUCCCAAGUUCAAUGAAACCUUCCAUUUUGUUCUGGGUAACCAAGAUGGCUUUGAGUGCUAUGAGUUGCAAGCAUGCGUCAAAGAUUAUUGUUUUGGUCGUGCCGACCGGGUGGUGGGUUUGGUCGUGCUGCAAUUAAGAGACAUCAUGGAGAAAGGCAACUGUGCCUGCUGGUGCCCUCUUGGACAGCGCAUAUACAUGGACGACACAGGCCUCACUGCCUUGCGAAUCCUCUCUCAAAGGUCCAAUGAUGAUGUGGCCAAGGAAUUUGUGAGGUUGAAGUCAGAAACUCGAUCAGCAGAGGAGGGCAGAUGAGGAUAUCUGGAGAACAAGAGGGAAAACAAAAGGAUGGAAAAUCUUCUCCGAUUUUUAUUGUAGAUGAAAAUGUGGACUCUUUCUUGGACCUUUGAUGUGUCUUAGCUGCUGUUGACUGUUUGGUAGUGGGUUGCCAUUUCUCUUACAUCACUGUUAUGUUCUCACCUUGUUUUUUUUGUUUGUUUGUUUGUUUUUUGACCAACAGUCACUUUGCAGUGUUCCUCAAACAUCCAUAUUAUUUGCUUUUCAGCAAAGAGCCACAUAAAUGCUGGCUCACUCAAGCUUCACACUCAACAGCUGUUUCACAGGUUAGUGACCACUUACUCAGCUAUUUAACCUUAUUUGUAGCUCCUUUGUCAUCAGCCGGAGCGGCACGGUGAGCAUGUCAUAGCCUCAAGGGAACAGAUGAUGCCAGGUCCUGUUGAAGGGCCAAACAAAUCUCUGCACCUCCCUGGUGCAGAGAUUGUGCAAUAACCCCACCUCACCCCCAAACUGUGGCCAAGUGUUUUAUGCCUUACACUCUGCAAACUGUGAAUAUGUGAAGUAAAAUAGGCUUUUAAAAACCAUAUUCUCUAUCUCCUUUGGGUGAUGGUUUGGGUAAAUGUGAAAAUACUAUGUUUUAUCUUAUAAAGGAGUGUUUUGUUUGAUGAAUGAACGAGCACUAGCUAGGACACAAUCCUGGUCAAGUACUGAAUACUUUAUGAAAUGAAGGUACUUAAAGUAAUAAACCUUAAUUUUACUAAUUUCACAGAUCAAUUUGAAGGAUUAAUUGGUUUAAUGUGUGCCUUGCCAUGUGAAGUUUCCAGCCCUAUUUCCCUGGGAAAAGGAAUAGCUAGAUAUAAAACCUAAGGGAAUAAAAAUCAGUAACAAUAAGGUUUAACUAAAAUCCUCAUGAAAAUUCACUGUGGAAGUUGAACAAGAGUGCUAUUUGAGCCAUAUUUAUUUAGCUCAUGUGGCCUAGUAUAACCAUGAUGGUGUAACCAUUUUAUUUAUUUUUUUAUACGUAUUUAUUUUUGUGUUUCAAAACUUGUGAUGGAAUUAUUGUUUACCACCAAAAAUGGACGUAUUUACCACGACAGUGUCAAAGGAUUUGCACAGUGGUUGGCCUAAGCUGCUGAUGUAGCCUAAAUUGGGCCUGGAUUGCAGCUUCAUAACAAGUUGAAAUACACACCCUCAAACUAAAAGUGACAAGCAAGUGCUUGUCAUGCAAUUAAUAACCAAGGUAACCAUGUGUGUCCUUGAUUUAAGAGAUAAUUGUCUUGUUGAAUCAUUCAUUUAGAAAUAGUAGAUAUUGAACUUUCUUCCAAAAAAUAAAAUCUUCAUAUCUGGACAAAUAUUUAAAGUUUACAUAUAUAAUUCUGUCCUGUUUUCUUCUACUCUUUGGAGUGGCCUUACUUUGAUGAAAAGAUAAUAAAUAAAGAAAAGUAAUCUUUUUUUGCUUUGUUUUGUUUUCUUUUUUUAAAAGCCCUUGUAUUUCCUUUGGCUUACAGCAAUUAUGACUAGCUACUUCUUUGCCCAUAUAAAUGUUCAUUGUCCAGUUUUCCAAGUGAUUUUCCAUAUCAUUUUAUUGGGUAUAUUUAUCUGGGUUAGGUUUUCUUUUUAAUGUGUUAUAGUUAGUGUUACUUUAUUCUUUCUGAUGUUAUAAAAGCUUUCCUUGGUCCUCUUUAUUAGUUUACGAUGGGGUUUUUUUUCAGUUGUGUGGACUGAAGUGAUGUGCGUCAGUGUUGUGAUGUGAUGGAAAAUGUGAAUGUUAGACUUAAUGAAAAAUGAUUAUUGCUCUAUUAUAAAACCCUCAGUGCGUGCACAUUGUGAAACUGGUCACAACCACAACUCAAGGCUCCUCUUUGUUACAGUGUAUUAACCCCUGUGAAUAAUUAACGUUAUUGGUUUAAGAGGGUCAAUGUUUCACAGCCAUUCUCCAAGCUACAUGUUCCUUGUGCCAAGUUGCUACUGUUUAUUUUUGAUCGCUUUUUUUGUGUUUUCAAAAUUUUUAAACCCCUGUGCUAUCACUGCUGUAGUUAUCAAGUACAGUAUGUAAAACACUGUACUUCAUUAUUUGUGUAAUCUUUGUCAUUAUUGUAAACUGUUGUUGCCAUGUAAACAUUCCAAAUAAUGAAUUUUGUAUAAAAUAUUUAAUAAGUAUUUAUAAAUCUUCUUGCCUGCUCUUUCUCCCACUACAAUAUGAUAGCUUUUUCAUUUCACCCAGUGGGUUAUAAGAAUGCAAAUUCUUUGUUAUUUUCAUUACCACAAACACAGUUGCAUUCACUUUUAUUGUUUGACGAUAGGAUUGCAAGAUAUAAAUAAAUAAAGCGUAA